AUGAACUCCGUCUCCUCCGUACAGGAAGUAAAAGACACAGCCGAAUCCAUCAUGUGGCCAUUACAAAGUAGCGGAUUCAAUUCGCUGUUUACUUCUCUAGUCCUAUUUCUUACGUUCGCAUCAUUUGCUGUAGCAUCUGCACCCGCCUCCUUCUGCAAAUGCACCUGUUUUAGCAAUAGCACCAUUAUCCCUCUUGAUCCCCCAAAGCCCGAAUCCUCCUCUUUUGCUGGCAACCUCGCCCGAGACAUCGCAGACCUGGUGGCGACAGAUAAUGAAAAGCGAGCCAACAGCUAUCAAGCGCUCAGCUGCAACGACUGUAAUCGGAAGUUCUGUCUGGGAUACGACUUGCCUGUGUGUAAGGGCGCGAAGGAGGAUGAUGUUGUGAGCACGUGUUUCCAAAGAGAUUCGAGAAAGGAUGAAGCUAUUGUGUUCAUUUUUAUAUUCGCGACGAGUGGGCUGCUCGCGUGCGCUCUUUUUAGGCCGUGGGUUCAGAAGUGGCUCGAGGCUGCAAGGGAAAGACGGCAGUAUAUUCCUGUUGCGGAACCCGGUGAUUGA